AGAAUAUUUUGAAAAUGGACAGUUUCCAGGUCAAGGAAUUCUCCCUUCCCCCCUGAACUAAGAUUUCCCUAUGCCCUUCAAGGAUCAAGAAAGGGGCUGAGCACACAGAAUGUGCUAAGAAGAGAAUGUUUGCAUUGAACUGAACCCCUGCAGAGCGUGGACGAUUUAGAGGCACUGAGUUUGGCUUCUGGGUGACUACUUGCCUCAGCUGGCCCACUUAGCAGUGAACAGCAAUGGGCCAAAGGAGACAGACCAAGCCUCAACAUGGCAAACCAAGGACUUCCAGAACUAGCCCAGUUACAUUUGAGAAAGAAGUAUUUUUUGAUAGUGAUGAGAUUAUUGAUGCAGUCGGGCAAUCAAAAUUUGUUCUAAAGAACCUGCACCAUUACGCAGUCCAUCCAAAUUUGGCCCAGUACUAUGAGCCUUUGAAGCCCACUGCACUGCAGAAAUUCCUGGCUCGAAACAGGAAAAUUCAAAGCUUCACGUUAAAAGUAAUAGAGUAUGAUCAGGAUAAGACCUUACUGAUUCUGACCAACAACCCACUUCCCUGCCCGAUAGAUCAUCAAGGAAAGGACAUCACACCAAAAUACUUUUCCAAUGAGUUACUGCUCAAGGAAAGUCAUCAGCACAAGCCCACCGAGAACUUCUUCCUACCCUUGAUGCCUCAGAAAAAAAACUUAAGAUCUGGACUGAAACCAGUAUUCCCUUUGAUGCUGAUGGAGGACACCACAUCCAAGCGAGAACAAUGGUUUAGGUUUUCCACCGACAAGGAUUUCAAGAGUGAAGGGAGGUAUUCAAAGGUCUACACUCUGAGGCAACAGAAGAAAAUGUACCCGCAGCUCACCUUUGCUUCAGUCUGUAAAAAAUAUAUGAAGAAUGAUGUCUCCAAGAAGUCAGGGAGCGACCCGCCAACUUCCCAGAUGAUUUGGGAACCAUUAACCCUUUCAUCACUCCUGGAGAAGAAGCCCACCAGAACCGCACCAGGAGAGAGCGAGUUCCGCAAUGGAAGGGCCCAGCAGUGGUUUAUAAAAAGCGCCACUGUCAUUAAGUGAAAACAAACCCUACAGGGCCCCCGCUUCUCCAAAGACUGAGGGGCCUACAGAAGUCGCCAUCUAGGGCGUGCCAACCAAUAAAAUUUCAUUCUGCCCGCUC